AUGACUAAAAUAAUUACAAAUAAUGAUUGUGGUUCUUCUUUGAGUGUAAGCAAUGGAAAUGUGACAUUUACAACAACGACAUACGGAUCAAGUGCUUCUCUUGUUUGCGAUACUGGAUACGAAACAACUAAGGCAACACUUAAUUGCCUUGAUACUGGCAUUUGGGAAACAUCGACAUGUACUAUCAAAGAUUGCGGUUCCUCUUUGAGUGUAAGCAAUGGAAAUGUCACAUUUACAACAACAACAUACGGAUCAAGUGCUUCUCUUGUUUGCGAUACCGGAUACGAAACGACUAAGGCAACACUUAAUUGUUUUGAUACUGGCAGUUGGGAAACAUCGACAUGUACUAUCAAAGAUUGCGGUUCUUCUUUGAGUGUUAGCAAUGGAAAUGUGACAUUUACAACAACAACAUACGGGUCAAGUGCUUCUCUUGUUUGCGAUACCGGAUACGAAACGACUAAGGCAACACUUAAUUGUCUUGAUACUGGCAGUUGGGAAACAUCGACAUGUACUAUCAAAGAUUGCGGUUCUUCUUUGAGUGUGAGCAAUGGAAAUGUGACAUUUACAACAACAACAUACGGAUCAAGUGCUUCUCUUGUUUGCGAUACCGGAUACGAAACGACUAAGGCAACACUUAAUUGUCUUGAUACUGGCAGUUGGGAAACAUCGACAUGUACUAUCAAAGAUUGCGGUUCCUCUUUGAGUGUAAGCAAUGGAAAUGUAACAUUUACAACAACAACAUAUGGAUCAAGUGCUUCUCUUGUUUGCAAUACUGGAUAUGAAACAACUAAGGCAACACUUAAUUGUCUUGAUACUGGCAGUUGGGAAACAUCGACAUGUACUAUCAAAGAUUGUGGUUCUUCUUUGAGUGUGAGCAAUGGAAAUGUGACAUUUACAACAACAACAUACGGAUCAAGUGCUUUUCUUGUUUGCAAUACCGGAUACGAAACGACUAAGGCAACACUUAAUUGUCUUGAUACUGGCAGUUGGGAAAUAUCGACAUGUACUAUCAAAGAUUGCGGUUCCUCUUUGAGUGUAAGCAAUGGAAAUGUAACAUUUACAACAACAACAUACGGAUCAAGUGCUUCUCUUGUUUGCGAUACUGGUUACGAAACAACUAAGGCAACACUUAAUUGUCUUGAUACUGGCAGUUGGGAAACAUCGACAUGUACUAUCAAAGAUUGUGGUUCUUCUUUGAGUGUGAGCAAUGGAAAUGUGACAUUUACAACAACGACAUACGGUUCAAGUGCUUCUCUUGUUUGCGAUACUGGAUACGAAACAACAAAGGCAACGCUUAAUUGUCUUGAUACUGGCAGUUGGGAAACAUCGACAUGUACUAUCAAAGAUUGCGGUUCCUCUUUGAGUGUAAGCAAUGGAAAUGUCACAUUUACAACAACAACAUACGGAUCAAGUGCUUCUCUUGUUUGCGAUACCGGAUACGAAACAACUAAGGCAACACUUAAUUGUCUUGAUACUGGCAGUUGGGAAACAUCGACAUGUACUAUCAAAGAUUGCGGUUCUUCUUUGAGUGUGAGCAAUGGAAAUGUGACAUUUACAACAACAACAUACGGUUCAAGUGCUUCUCUUGUUUGCAAUACUGGAUAUGAAACAACUAAGGCAACACUUAAUUGUCUUGAUACUGGCAGUUGGGAAACAUCGACAUGUACUAUCAAAGAUUGUGGUUCUUCGUUGAGUGUGAGCAAUGGAAAUGUGACAUUUACAACAACAACAUACGGAUCAAGUGCUUCUCUUGUUUGCGAUACCGGAUACGAAACGACUAAGGCAACACUUAAUUGUCUUGAUACUGGCAGUUGGGAAACAUCGACAUGUACUAUCAAAGAUUGCGGCUCUUCUUUGAGUGUAAGCAAUGGAAAUGUAACAUUUACAACAACAACAUAUGGAUCAAGUGCUUCCCUUGUUUGCGAUACCGGAUACGAAACGACUAAGGCAACACUUAAUUGUCUUGAUACUGGCAGUUGGGAAACAUCCACAUGUACCAUCAAAGAUUGUGGUUCUUCGUUGAGUGUGAGCAAUGGAAAUGUGACAUUUACAACAACAACAUACGGAUCAAGUGCUUCUCUUGUUUGCGAUACCGGAUACGAAACGACUAAGGCAACACUAAAUUGUCUUGAUACUGGCAGUUGGGAAACAUCAACAUGUACUAUCAAAGAUUGCGGUUCUUCUUUGAGUGUGAGCAAUGGAAAUGUGACAUUUACAACAACAACAUACGGAUCAAAUGCUUCCCUUGUUUGCGAUACUGGAUACGAAACAACUAAGGCAACACUUACUUGUCUUGAUACUGGCAGUUGGGAAACAUCAACAUGUACUAUCAUAGAUUGCGGUAAUUCUUCAAUCAGCAAUGGUAUCUUGACUUACUCAACAACCACAUACCAGUCUUCGGCUACUGUUACAUGCGACAAAGGAUAUACUGCAAGUACUGAUUCCAUAUCAUGCGAAGCAAAUGGAUCAUGGCAAUCUGUGACUUGUGACAUUGUUGAUUGUGGAUCCUCUUUGCCAUCAAUAUCACAAGGCUCAGUCACUCUUGAUGAUCCAUCGUUAACUACUUAUUUGUCUAGAGCCACUGUCGCUUGUGAAACUGGAUUUACAUCAGAUAAAUCCAGUAUUUAUUGUAAGGCCAACGGUGCCUGGUCAAAGGCAACCUGCACAUAGAUAGAUCAUGGUUGUGAGUGGUGGAAUUUAAAGUCAAUAGCUGGAAACAUACAACACCUGUUUACAUUGAAUUACUCUUGAUAAAUAAUAAUGAAUUGACAAUGAAUAUUUUAAAAAGCCAGAAUCUGGAACCAAAAA